AUGGAGCCGCCGCGCAAUAUCAUCAUUGUCGGUGCAGGCAUUGCGGGAAUCGCUUGUGCGCUCGCCCUCUCUCGCGGACUUACUCCAUUUGUGCCGGAUCUGAAAAUCACCAUCUUUGAGCGUCAUAACAUCCUGUCUACAUCGGGAGGUGCUAUCAACUUGACCCCGGUCGCACAGCGGCAUCUGGCGCAGCUGGGAGUGCUCGAAGAGUUGAAUCGAAUGGGUCCCGAGGGUGGAGCAGAUGUGGACGCGAUUGAGCUUUUCUCUAUGCGUUCCGGCCGCUCAAUAGGUUCAGUUGACUUCACCGAUCAACAUGGAAACGGAUUUGGGGGAUACAAGGGCCGCCGAGUGAUGCGCAUCGUCCUCUCCAUGGCGAUGAUGGCGGUGGUCGAGCGCACCAGCAAUGUGGAAAUCGUCUUCGGCAAGAAGGUGACGGACGGCGAGGAGAUCAACGACAAGGCCGUGGUGCAUUUCCAUGACGGCUCUGAGGCCAUUGGAGACCUGGUCAUCGGCUGCGACGGUGUCCACUCUGCGUUGCGCACUCGCUGGGUGGACCCAAACCGGCCCUCUGAAUAUACGGGGAUCUCAUUCGUGCAGGCCACUAUGGACUCGGACAGUAUUUCCUCGCACGCCCAUUUUCGCUCCUCCGCACUGAAUAUCUCCCGUCACGGCUCCAUUCUCACGAGCUAUUGUGACCGUGACCGGGAGCAAGUCUUCGCCUCUGCCAUCGUACAAUUCAGCGAGGAAGCACUGCAGAGCUAUCGCCUUGAACCGGGGCAAGACUGGACGACCCAGAACAGGAUUAGAUGUGCUCUACGUGGCGGGCUAAGAGAUCGUUUUGGGAAAUGUGCCAUACCUUAUGUUCGGAAGAUCAUCGAUAGUGAAGCCGAAUGGGUGUUGUACCCAGUGUAUCAAGUCCGCCCCGGUGGACGGUGGUGUAUUAACCGCGUGGUACUCCUUGGUGAUGCCGCCCAUGCAAUGCCGCCACGGGAUGAAUCGGCAGCCUAUGCAUUGGAUGACGCCAUUCUCUUCGCUCGGAUUCUAGGUCACUACCGCACGGAGCCAUUGGCGCAGGUCUUUGAUGUCUAUGAGCGUCUCCGCCGCAGUACAAUCGAUUACGCAUUCAAGGAGUCCCGUCGGAUGUGGGACAGGAAUCGCGAUAUGGGCUUGCUCGAGGGUCGGUUCAAGGAGUGGAUGUUGCCGUUCUACCUCCGCAGCCAUCGCGAUGAGCGCGCGGCGGCCUGGGAGUUUGAUGCCAUGAAGAUUGCUAUCCCAAAGCUGGAAUCGGGCGAGGAUUUGGUGACACUGCAUGCGAUUCUGCAGGAGUGUGCCCUCUAG